AUGGCUACUACUGCAGUGCCACCAACCUUGGUCGCAUCCCUUCCAGACCUGCUGGCCUUCAUCUCCUCGAUUCCUCAGUCUAGCACACUCUAUCUGGACCUUGAGGGUAAGGACCUCAGUCGAAACGGAACCCUUACCAUCAUAACCAUACUCAUCCAUCCUACAAGAGCAACAAGCCUGAUCGACGUCCAGACUCUGGGACAUUCCGCUUUCACUACGCCCGGUGCUAAUGGAAAGACCCUGAAAGCGAUCCUUGAAGAUCCCUGUAUUCCCAAACGUCUCUGGGAUGUGCGGAAUGACGCUGACGCUCUCUGGUCCCACCACCAGGUCCGCCUCGCAGGCGUCAUGGACAUACAGCUCCUCGAGAAUGCGACCCGCAUAGGCGACAGGACCUAUGUUCGCGGUCUUGACAUAUGCGUCGAUAAGGAUCUGAGGCUCGAGAUCUUCAAGUAUCAGCGUUGGACUAGAAUCAAGAGGGAGGUAAGGGAUCUCAUGCACAAAGACAUCUUCUCCCAUCGUCCCUUGGACGCCAAAACAAUUCAGUACUGCGUCAAUGAUGUUGUACACCUUCCUGCACUGUACAAUACCUACACAAAGCGCAUCAAUAGAGCGUGGAUGAAAAAGGUCACAGACGAGAGCACCCGCCGCGUAGAAGACGCCUGCGGGCCUUCAUACGAGCCUCAGUCCGAGACAAAGAGGUUGGGGCCUUGGGGGUUGGCGUCAGGCAAGAAAUUGUUGUCAAUUGACGACUACGAAUGGUCUGACCAGUUGGAGGAAGAUGAAAUGCAACAGGGCCUGCUGGGACGCGAUAUGGACGAGGAAAGCUGCUGGUACCCCUAG